AUGCCCGAGCCCGGCCCCAGGAUGAGCGGCUUCUCGCUGGGCGAGCUGUGCUGGCUCUUCUGCUGCCCGCCCUGCCCGAGCCGCAUCGCCGCCAAGCUGGCCUUCCUGCCGCCCGAGCCCACCUACGCCGUGCUGGCGCCCGAGCCCCCCGGCGCCCCCGGCGCCCCCGGCGCGCCCGCGCCCGCCCCGCGCCCCGGCCCGGCCGCGAGCGCCCCGGGCGCCCCGAGCGCCGCGCCGCCCGCCGAGGAGGGCCCCGCGCCGGGCGCCUGCAGCCUGCGCCUGAGCGCGCGCGCCGACUGGCAGUACUCGCAGCGCGAGCUGGACGCCGUGGAGGUCUUCUUCUCGCGCACGGCGCGCCGCAACCGCCUCGGCUGCAUGUUCGUGCGCUGCGCGCCCGCCGGCCGCUACACGCUGCUCUUCUCGCACGGCAACGCCGUGGACCUGGGCCAGAUGUGCAGCUUCUACCUCGGCCUGGGCUCGCGCAUCAACUGCAACGUCUUCUCCUACGACUACUCGGGCUACGGCGCGAGCUCGGGCCGGCCCUCCGAGAAGAACCUCUACGCCGACAUCGACGCCGCCUGGCAGGCGCUGCGCACCCGGUACGGCGUGAGCCCCGAGAACAUCAUCCUGUACGGCCAGAGCAUCGGGACUGUGCCCACUGUGGACCUGGCCUCGCGCUACGAGUGCGCUGCCGUCAUCCUGCACUCGCCGCUCACGUCGGGCCUGCGCGUGGCGUUCCCGGACACGCGGAAGACCUACUGCUUCGACGCCUUCCCCAGCAUUGACAAGAUCUCCAAAGUCACCUCCCCGGUGCUCGUCAUCCACGGCACGGAGGACGAGGUCAUCGACUUCUCGCACGGCCUGGCCAUGUACGAGCGCUGCCCGCGCGCCGUGGAGCCGCUCUGGGUGGAGGGCGCCGGGCACAACGACGUCGAGCUGUACGCGCAGUACCUGGAGAGGCUGAAGCAGUUCAUCGCCCACGAGCUGCCCAGCGCCUGAGCACGUGCCCGGCGCCAGCCCCGCCCGCGGCCUCCGUGCCUGCGCUGGGCAAGCCCACAAGCCGGGGCGCCCCUGCCACUUGGGGUGCCCCUUGGCCCUCCUCCUCCUCCGGGGCGCAGUGCUUCGGCCCUGAGGUCGCCGCCCGCCCGCCGAGCGCACUGGACGGCUCUCUCCUCCGCGCGCCACGCCCGUCUCCCGCCACCCCAGGUCACCAACAGCCGCCUCCGCUGGCAACUUCUACUGGAACAUUCUGAACAGGAAACCGGGUUUUUUUUAAGUGUAAAUUUAUUACGAGCCAACAGAGUUUUGAUACUUUGACUGUGGGGCUGGCCGAGGGCCGGGCACAGCCCCAUCUGCCCGUGUGCAGGGCGCCUGGCGCAGGCCCCAGCGGGCGCUUCCUUUUGCCGGGGUCCAGCAGUGAACCCCAACUCCUGGUUUGUAACGAAAACCGAAUACAUUUUGUUAAUAUGUUUCUAUUCCUAUGUUUUGCUAUUAAAAAAUUUUAUAACAUUUCCAAGACACAGAAAAGGCCAGUGUGUGCUUCGGAGGUCUGUGACGGCCGCUCCCUGCCGG